UAUAUCCGGGGCCUGUGGUCCUCGCAGCGCGCUGCUGUCCUGACGUGUCUUCACGUUCGCUCCGCUGUGCUCCUGCUAUCCGCAUCGCUCCAUCAGAGGCGCUGGGGACCCACCGGAGAGCGCUGCUCUCCCGACCGCUGGGAAAUGGUUAGUGAGCGGGGGCGCUGCGUGAACUAGCAGGACUGGCGCGGCGGGAACCUGAAACGAUGGUCAGCCUCAAAGGCAUAGCAGUAUCUGGAGAGUACUCCCAGUCUGCAGCUGCAGAGGAACUGUUGACAUUCAGGGAUGUGGCCAUUGAUUUCUCUGAAGAGGAAUGGGAAUGCCUGGAACCUGCUCAGAGGAAUUUAUACAGAGAUGUGAUGCUAGAGACCUACAGAAACCUGGUCUUCCUGGCCAUGACCUCUCAUCAUACCCAGAAAAUUUCACCAGAGCCUGGCAUAGAACAUUUAUUUAAAAAAGUGAUACAGAGAAGAUGUGGAAAUUGUGACCUUGACUUUUUACAACAAAAGAAAGUAUGGGACAUUGCAGGUGAGAAUGAAGGUCAGAAAUCAUACUAUAAAGAACAAGACCAAUUAGUAGUGACUGUCCAUAAUGAAAAUUCUACUGUCAACAGAACUCAAGAACAUUUAAUAGCUCAAGAAAGUAUUCAAUUUAUAACUAAAGGCCAAGUUUCUAAAAGUGAUCACUUAGAAAAUUUCAUUGGAAACCAUUCAUUACUCUGCAAUGAACAAAGAAUGUCUUCUUGUGCCCAAACAUACAUCUAUAAGGAUUGUGGAGAGGCCCCUGUUUACUCAUUAUUGCUUAAUCUAAAUUCAGAUAUAAAUUUCAGGAAAGUGUGCAACACAGAUAAUGAAACAAGCAACACCUUUAGUCAGGUCUCUACUGUAAGCAAUUACCAGUGUGCUUCUGUUAAAGAAAACAAUUGUGAAUGUAGCAAAACACAGAAGAACUCUGGCUCUGGUUGCAAUAUGAGAGAACAUCAGCUUGGUCAUUGUGCACAGAACCCUUACAGAGAUGAUGAAUGUGGGAAUGUCUUUCCUCAGUGCUCAAAGCUGAUGACCCAUCCAAGUACUCAGGGCCAAGAGGCGCCUUGCAAAUGUGAGGAAUGUGAGAGAGCUUCUAACCUAGCAGCCAGCCUUCCUCAAUACAGUGGAGCUCCUCCUGGAAGGGAGCCCCCCAAAUUUAAGGAGUGUGUCCAAGCAAGGAGUUGCUCACCCCUUUCUAAACACCACAGGUACCAUAGCAGUGAUCAACACUACAAAUUUAAAGAAUGUGGCACAACUUUUAGUCAAGAACCAUCCCCUGGUAAGCACCAUAGAAUUCAUAGUGGAGAGAAACCCUACAAAUGUGAAGAAUGUGGCAAAUCCUUUAAAAAUUGUUCAAACUUUUCUAAACACCUCAGAUGCCAUAGCAAUGAGGAAACCUAUAAAUGUAAAGAAUGUGGAAAAGUUUUUAAGAAGUUUUCAACUCUUACUCAACACAAAAGGAUUCAUACAGGAGAGAAGCCCCACAAGUGUGAAGAAUGUGGCAAAGUUCUUACUCGAAGAGCAUACCUUACACAACACCAGAGAAUUCACACAGGAGAGAAGCCCUACAAGUGUGAAACAUGUGGCAAAGCUUUUAAUCAAAGAUCACACCUUACUCAACACCAGAGACUUCAUACUGGAAAGCAUCCCUACAAAUGUGAAGAAUGUGGGAAAGGUUUUAAUCAAACCUCAGACCUUACUAAACACCAGAGAAUUCAUACAGGAGAGAAGCCCUACAAAUGUGAAGAAUGUGGGAAAUGUUUUACUCGAAGAGGUUACCUUCCUCAGCACCAGAGAUUUCAUAGUAAAGAGAAGCCCUACAAAUGUGAAAAAUGUGGCAAAGGUUUUAGUCAAAGAGCUUGCCUUACUCAACACCAGAGAAUUCAUACAGGAGAGAAGCCCUACAAAUGUGAAGAAUGUGGGAAAGGUUUUAAUCAAAGCUCAAACCUUACAAAACACCAGAGAAUUCAUACAGGAGAGAAACCCUACAAAUGUGAAGAAUGUGGCAAAGGUUUUACUCGAAGAGCAUGCCUUACUCAACACCAGAGAAUUCAUACCGGAAAGCAUCCCUACAAAUGUGAAGAAUGUGGGAAAGGUUUUAAUCUAACCUCAGACCUUACCCAACACCAGAGAAUUCAUACAGGGGAGAAGCCCUACAAAUGUGAAGAAUGUGGCAAAUGUUUUACUCGAAGAGGUUACCUUCCUCAGCACCAGAGAUUUCAUACUAAAGAGAAGCCCUACAAAUGUGAACAAUGUGGGAAAGGCUUUAAUCAAACCUCAGACCUUACUAAACACCAGAGAAUUCAUACAGGAGAGAAGCCCUACAAAUGUGAAGAAUGUGGGAAGUGUUUUACUCAAACACAAAAUCUUACUGAACACCAGAGAAUUCACACAGGGGAGAAGCCCUACAAAUGUGAACAGUGUUGGAAAGGUUUUACUCGAAGAACCCAUCUUACUCGACACCAGAGAAUUCAUAAUGGAGAGAAGCCCUACAAAUAUAAGGAACCUAACAAAGCUUUUAAGGAUCCUUUGUCCUUUACUAAACACCAGAGUGUUCGUGCAGGAGAGAAUGGAAGUCCCAACCAUAGCACCCCAGAGCACCUGCUGGCUUUCCUGCACAUGCUACAAGUGCCCAGAGCCUUGGAUUGCCACGCAUUUCAGUAGCAACUAACCCCACACCAGCCACCUUCCCAUGUGGGCAGUUUUGCAGGGCUGCUGACCCACAGGGAGGGAAGUUUGUUCUUUUUCCUUUCUUUCUUUCUUGGUGAGGACAUUUGAUUUUCUUUCUUUCUGUUCCAUCUAAAUUUCUUUCUGUCAGCAUUGCUGCCUUCCUUUUUUCCAUGUUUCCCUCCCUCCCAUCACUUUCCCUCUUCUACUGUCUUGUCUUUAUAUUUUUUCUUCUCUUAAAUGUAAGUCCUCUGUGGAUGAAUGUAAAAAUCAUUCAUCUCCCUAGCCGUCCUCCUGCAAGAUUCCAUAUGCCCCUGAUGAGAGCAUUCCUGUCACCUUCCUGCUCAUUUAUUAUCUGCACUUAGUUUGUACACCAGGUUGAAAGUUUAUCCCUAUCUCCUGCUUCCCUCUUGAAGUAGGAAAAAAGGCUGACUUCAAGAGGCUGCUAAAUAUAAUAUUUCCUGUUUGUACUUUUGUGUGUGUGUGUGUGUGUGUGUGUGUAUGGGGCCAGGCCCAAUAUUACAAUCUCUGAAUUAAAUAGGGUAAAAGGUAGAAUUGCCCAUGGCACAAAGAUUCUGUUUUAUUUUCUAGCAGCUUCUUUGCUGCCUGAGGGACUUUCUGCAGCUAUACCUUCCUUGUGUCCAGGAAAAGCUGAGCAACAGUGUAACCUGAUACAACUCCCAGCUGAGCCUAGGAACCUUUCCUCAACACAUGAGCUGAAACACAUAAACUACAGUCAGCAGAAAGACAACAGCAUUGCCUUAUUUUCAUGAUUCCCAGUUUUACUAAUAAUGCUGAUUAGUUGCCAAAGAAAAUCAUUCCUUAGGCCUUAAGCCCUGCAGAAUAAUUUCCUUUGGGACAAGGUACUGCCACUCCCUGACAGACCUCCAAUAGGAUACAGAGCCAUCCCAAACCUGACAUUGAACUUGGAUAAUUGGAAUGUGGACUGUGUUUCCCUCUGAGUCAAUAAAACACAUGAAGAGGGCUGGGGAUGGAGCUCAGGGACAGAGUGCCUGUGGGUUUAAGGCCUAGCAUUAUAAACAAGACCAGUCACCUUCCUUCAUACUGGAAGGAAGAAAAGGAGAAGAGUGGAAAAUACAUUCUAGGACUUGACAUACACCCCCAGACAUAAAAUAGUGUGAGACCUAAGCUGGCACUGAAUUAAACAUCAUUAAAAGUGACUUUGACUCUGUGUGUCUUGAUGGCUCACCUGUAGAAAUAAAUUCCCAACCAGGUCUAACUCCCAGGCCUUUACAAAGGGCACAGAGGAGAUUUCUGUCCCCACUGAAUUUGCAAUGAGGCUUUUAGAAGAAGGAGCCCAGGAGGGAAGAGAAACACCUUCUGGAAGCAUGGGCUUUGCACCCUUGGAACUGGAGUGGACAGCAGUGUUUGCUCUCCAGAGGAGAUGGAAUGACUGGCCUUUGUCACUCCCACCCUCCCUAAGAUAAUGAUUGCAGAACACUCACAGCUGGUGAAGAAACCCAUGGUGCCCUGGAGAAUGGCGGUGUACUAUGGAGAAUUAGAUAAAGUGUUGCCUUCUCUGCCUGUAGCACUUCUCACUGUGCAGGAAUUGGACAGGCGUAGCCCAGACACCUCCCCAGCAAUGUGGGGACAUACUUCGGAAAAGGAGGACUUUGCACACUAGUUUCUUAUCCCAUGUGCUCCAGGAAAAUGUAAGGCUGGUGCAGUAUGCACCUGAGGAGGCAGCAGGAACUUCUGAUGAAUGUGAGCUGACAGAGCCAUCAUCCCUCAGGGAAGGAGCAGUCCCAGUGGGUGACAGUUCUUGGUACACUGACUGGUUCAGCAGAGGCCGUGGGACCAGUGGACUCCCAUUGCUACACAGCCCUCCAUGGACACCUUAGGAUGUGUUGGAGGCAUAGGGCAGAGCAGCCUGUGGGCUGUUCCAUGCCUUAUGUGCUAGAAAUAGUGAGGUCCUGGGUGCCCCAGGAGACCAAAAAAGAAAAAAAAAAACACUCUAAUCAAGUCUGUCACCAGGGCAAGAAUUUUAUUUCCAUGCACAUAUUUUUAUUUUUAUAUGUCCAUUGCUUUUGAGGGUUUUUUUUUGUGGGGGUGGGGGCAGGAAAAUGAUGAUUUAAAAGGUUAACAAGAUUCGUUUGACUGGAACUGGACUGUUCCUGACUUAAUUUCUGGGAGACCCAGAGGCAGGUCACCUCUCCCUGGAGGCCUCACUGCUGAGUGACCUCCAGGGAGCUGGAAGGUGUCUCCCUGGCCUGCUCAUCAGCUCAUUUGAGGAUCAGAUGCUCCUUGGGGACUACAAUGGACACUAGGCUUGAGGGUCAUCAAGUGACCUCACUGUGGUGCCCUGAGGCCGCAUAGUCGCAGCAUAGAUCACUUCAACAGUCAUUUUAAUCAAGAGGGGGCAUGGCCAAAUUCAGGGUGGCCGAGCAGAAGAAAUCCUCGGGGAAGCUGUAAUUUAUAUGAGCAGAGAGAUGAGGCGCUGUUCUUGCCAGGCUGGAUUAGGGUGAUAUUUAAUUUUGAAAAGUGACAGCAUUGGGAAGGGGAGGGGCAAUGGAGAUGGCUGGCUGAAUUCUGAAUGAGGACCCCGCCUGUGCACUGGGGACCUGACCCGCCCGCUGGGCUCGGCAGGGGUCCACGGCGAGCUGCACCAGCCAGGGACCUGCUGUUCAAUCAGGAGCUUGUCCCUCACCUCUCGGCGCCAUCAUGAAGCCACAGGGAACUGGACACGGACUUGGACUUGAACAGUAAGAGAAGAAGCCGACCAAGAGAUCAGCGAACCGAGUUCUUGUCCUUUCCCAGCUACCGGGGCCACCGUGAGAGACCGGCCACGUGCAGGGCAGGCCUAGGAGCUGCGGGGCGACCUCGUGAGGCUUCCUGAUGCAGAAAAGCCUGCUCUGGACCCGGGGCUUUGUGCAGAGACCCCAGAAAGACAGGAAAGCGGGGAAGCAGGGCAAGUGCCCUCCCAGACGCCCACCUGCCCCGUGGGAGCGGUGUCCCUGUACGGUCACAGAGACCAAGGGAGGAUUUCACCAAGAAGGUGGCCCGCUGCAGAGUUGGGCGUGGGUGGGACAGUGGGCUCUAGAGGCUCCACCGAGGACCUGGCGCGGGCAGCCGGGUCAGGCCAGCCCUGCAGCCCAGCCCAUGCUCUCGGAGCCAAACACAGGGCUGGGGAGCGGCUCAGAGGUGAGGCUCUGGGGUCAACCCACGCGGGAGCGGGAGGCAGGAAGAUUGCCAGACCCUCUCCUGCCUCGGGGCGGCAGUGACUAAAGAAUGAAUAACAAUAAGACCUGCUGUGAGGAGGGGGCAGAAUGGGCGUUUGAAAACACAGAAAUGCAGGUAAAUUAAAAACUAAAACAGACUCUCGA